AGUUCUUCCAACCCACUACAGAUUUCCUCUGUUGUCCUAAUUUUCCCAAUAACGGAACGGAAUAAGUUUUCUCGCAAUCUGUUACUGUCUGAAUUGAAAUUGCGGGUUGAUCAAAUCGAAUAUCGCUGUCCAAUUUCAACUGAUCCUGGCGGAAGAGGAACACAUUUUGCAGAACCCGGCCGAUGAUGAACUACAGAAGGGAGCACCGUUCUUCCAGAUCUGCUCUAUUUGAUGACCUUGAGGAGGGUGGUCUCAGGACAAGCUCUUCUGUCGAAAUUAAAGAGCAUGACAAUGACAAAGCUCUCCAUUCUUUGGAAGAUAGAGUUUCUAUUCUGAAGAGGUUAACAGGUGACAUUCACGAAGAAGUGGAGAGCCAUAAUAAUUUACUUGACCGAAUGGGAAAUGGAAUGGAUGCUUCAAGAGGUAUAAUGUCAAGAACCAUGGAUCGAUUCAAGAUGGUUUUCGAGCAAAAAAUAAAGUGGAGAACUUGUAGACUUGCAGUGUAUUUUGUGUUGUCCUUCUUUCUUCUUUUCUACCUCAUCAGGUUCCUCAGAUACUUCAUGCAAAGUUAAAAUAGGGAUACUAUGUCAAGUCAAUUUGAAGUGUCGUAGUAGAAAUAUAGAAAUAUAUUGCACAAUUUUUCCGAUCACGCAUAAUCGUCGUCUAUGCAAGAACAUUGUGGAACACAUCACAUAUUCCUGCAAAUACAAGAUUUGCCAAAAUACAUGGUCUUCAAUGAAGGUGAAACAGGUCAAUAAAGGACCAUUUUUCAGUUAUUAUUAAUCUUGCAUUGGAUUCAACCAGUUUUAGCUACAUGAAAAAAAGAGUACAUUUUUUGUUCACCCUUUUAAAUGAAAGAAGCUUUUAUUUUUAGGCUGUGUUAGAAACUUCUGUCUUACAGGGGUACUUGCGUUUUCAACCAGUAGAGAGGUUUGAAGGUU